GACAAUGAGUUUGUCAUCGGAUUUUGGGAUUCCGGUCCCUUGAUGGAGAACGGUGAGGCUGAUGCUGAAAAUAGCAAGGGUUCUCUGUGUGUUAUCAAACAUAGGCGGAUAUGGAAAGCCAAUAACCAGCUUGGAAUGAUCAAUUCACCCUUGGAACCAAAAUCACCUUCCAACAAAGACAAAACUCAACCACCACUGUUGAAAAUGGUUCAUCAUCAGCAUCUGGCUUAUAAUGCCAAAGAUGUUUGUAUCUUAAACACAGAAGAUUCGUGUGAUAUCGCAGUUGCUCACUCCGAUCGUGUCGUGAGGCUUUACACAUGGUGCCCGGCCGAUCCUGCUGCUGUUUCCGAAUCCCAUCGAGGUAAAUUUGUGAUCCUCAUCAAGUGGGAAUUGGCGGGUCAGCUAAUCGCUUCUCAGCCGGGAGGAGCAUUUGCCGUACUGCAGCGCAAAUUUGAAAAAUACAAAGAUAAUUUGGCGCUCGUACUUGGAUUUUGNAAUGUACGCUCUCCUCUGUCCGUUGCGUCAUCCGGGUCCGAAAAGGUUUCCGAUCCCUCGGGCGAUCCCGGCUCCAUCAUGGCUGUCGGCAUGGCUGACGGGACUGUGAUUUUUGUUGAUCCGGCCGCGGACGAUGAUAUGCACCGAGUGUUGUGGUGUGUUCAAUUACGUGUGCGCGGUGAAUUGUUUGGUUUGUCCAAAGGUGGAGACACCGAUGAGGUGUGCGCGUGUGCUUGGGACGGGACAACCUAUGUGCUAAAUCAUCGCAAGGAGUGGUUUCGCUUCCCAAUGGGACAAUCUUGUCAAGCGUUCACAGCCGGUUGGUACGCGGUGGAACCGGGACGCAAUGAACCAGUGUUUGUCUACACCACAUGCGAACACAGCCUACUUAUCUAUUACAAUCUGAACGUGAAGAAUAUCGCUGAGCCUUCGCUAUCCGGGGCGAUAGCUAUGGACCCAGAACUGGCGAAAAAACUGCGAGAAAAGAAUGUGGAUCGUGAGUAUCUUGACUUUUUGCGACAAUAG